UUAAAAAAAAAAACAAAAAAACAAAAAAAUGGUUUCUAUUUUCAGAACAUCUUUAAUGGUCUUGAUCUCUUUUUACUCAUUCGAUCCAUCUCACGCUAACAUUAUAUGCGAGGAUCUGCCGGAGGACAUAUGCGCGUUCUCUAUCUCCGGCGCCGGAAAGAGAUGUCUGUUAGAGACGGAGGCGAGAUUCGCCGGGGGGGUAGAUUUCCGGUGUCGGACGUCGGAGAUCGAGGUCGGUAGAAUGACCAAUUAUGUCGAGAGCGACGCGUGUGUUCACGCGUGCGGAGUGGAUCGGAGAUCGGUCGGAAUUUCCUCCGAUGGCCUCCUCGACCCGGACUUCACGGCCAAGCUCUGCUCGCCGGAAUGUUUCGAUAAUUGUCCUAACAUCGUCGAUCUCUAUUUCAACCUCGCCGCCGGAGAAGGUGCAUUUUUGCCGGAUGUGUGUGCCGCGAGACGAGCCAAUCCCCACCGUACGAUGGUCGAGAUCCUAAGUUCUGGUCUUGUUUCCGACAUGCUAACGUCGGAGGAAUUUAGUGGAGCCCCAUCCCCUUCACCUGCCUCUACGUGAAACAUAAAAAUCUAGGGUUUUUCCAUUUCAAAUUUAAAUUAUUUAACCCCACAACAACGUAAACGAUGGACGACAUAUUUUGAUGGAUCUUUAUAUUGGAUUCAAUAAAGUCCGGAAAUAUAUUUGUUCCAGUGGUUUGGUUAUUAAAUGAAGAAAAUAAUUUCUGAACCGAACAUACAAUGCAUCUCUAACCAUGGUUAGGGGCUCAAAAUAUGAUUAUAAUUUAUGUGAGAUAUAUUAAAUUCGUUAUAAUGGUCAGUCAAUGUUAAUUACUUUUAAUAGCAAAAAU